GAGAAAGACAAAUGCCACUUGGCUGCAAACUUAUAAAAUUAAUAAAAAUAACAGAGUAGAACAGAAAAGAGACAAUGAAUUGAAAAAUCUUUAAUCUUAUAACAGCUUUAGAUUGGAAGGGAAACUGGUAUUCACUCCUCCCUUGUAAAGUUUCAGACUUUGAGCAGGUGUUGCAAAAUUUGAGAGUAAAAUGGCAGAUAAAUGGAAGCAGACUGCUCUCUUAGUCAUUGACAUGCAGAAUGAUUUUAUCCGUGAGGAUGGGUUGAUGAGAGUCGAUGGAGGGAAAGCCAUUGUCCCAAAUGUGAUAAAGGUAGUUGAAAUCGCUAGGCAGCGUGGCGUUCUUGUAGUCUGGGUUGUCCGAGAACAUGAUUCGCUGGGAAGAGACGUCGAACUUUUUCGCCAGCAUUUGUACUCUGCCGGGAAAGUGGGUCCUACCUCUAAGGGAAGCAAAGGUGCAGAACUGGUUGAUGGCCUUGUGAUGAAAGAAAGGGAUUACAAGGUGGUGAAGACACGCUUCAGUGCAUUUUUUAACACCCAUCUUCAUUCAUUUCUUCAGACAGAGGGAAUUAAGAGUUUGGUGAUUGUUGGUGUUCAAACUCCAAAUUGCAUCAGGCAGACCGUCUUUGAUGCAGUAGCACUGGAUUACGCUAAUGUUUCUGUUAUUGUUGAUGCCACAGCUGCUGCUACACCUGAUGUACAUGUUGCCAAUAUCUUUGACAUGAAAAAUAUUGGAGUUGAAAUCCCAACAUUACAGGAAUGGAGCGAGUCUGAUGCUUGAUCUACUUGACGACUAUACAAGGUUCAAGCUCUCUUGUGGCCCUUGUAUUUCAUUUUAUCUGAUGCAUGGGCAGCAUUGUGCUUGAACGGAUUAAUAUCAUAAUUAGUUGGUCAUUUUAUUACUGCAUAGUGCAUGCUUUUACAUUGCAGUCUAGCAGAGAAAACACAUGCAAUGUAAUAUUUGUUCUUCAACUUUUGUUUGUAUUAUUGAGUUGCUGCUGGACCGAGUAAUCAGUUUCAACAUUGUAUACUUUUGAAUUUGAUAUAAUAGGCAUCUUGCUAGUGAACUAUUCAGGUUCAUUGCAUGUUCUGAAUAA